AUGGAGGAGACGAGUCGAAAUGACGUACGUCCACGUCGUGGUCUCUCCCGUACCACACGAUCCACUUUCAAGUCAUCAAGACGUGUUUUAUCGAAAGUACCACAUGAUGGCGGAUCGUCUGCUGAUGAAGAAGAUGAGGAAGAAGAAGAAGAAGAAGAAGAAGAGAUUGAAGAGGAAGAAGAAGAGAUUGAAGAGGAAGAAGAUGAGCCUGUAGAUGAGGCAGAAGAGGCGGAAUUGGAUGCUAUUGAUGCUGCUUAUCGUAUUUCACCUACAGCUAGAGAGCUACAUACAUUGGAACAAGGGACACUUGUUCGUAUUCUCAAGACACCUGACGUCGAACAACGUGUGCCCCAUACAAUGAACAAGAUUGGAGUGGUAGAGGAAGUACCACAUCAUCCGAAUACAUGGUAUAAAGUACGAAUUCGUGAUGGAGAUGUCGUGUACAAGUACCGACCAUCGGCAUUGGAGUCCAUUGAGACAUCAAGAGAAGAAGAAGAAGAAGAAGGAGAAGACGAGGAGGAAGAGCAAGAGCAUAAAAAGAAAGAUGAUCACUUAGAGCCAGGGACACGUGUGGUGAUAAAGUUGGAGAUGCUUUACGGGGCUGAAAAACGGUAUCUGAAGAAUUAUGACGGAAAAGAAGGAGUCGUUACUGGACAUGGAAAAGCAGGUGUUGUGGUGCAGCUUGAUGCAGAUGAGGAUAUUGCACUGACGCUGCAUCGGAAACAUUUGAUGGUCGUGCCGGAGGAAGAAGAUGAUGGGGAAGAAGAGGAGGAAGAGCAGAGCGAGGACGAACAACAAGACGACAAGAAAAAAAGGCCCGCUGUACCUCACAUGAAGAAGCGCUUGAAGGGGAAAUUGCUGUCGGUACUUGAUCCAGACAUGUGGAUCGAUCGCAGGUGCCGAAUCAAUGUGGGCAAGUUCAAAGGUCAACGUGGUCGCGUGCUGCGUUCGGGAAAUGGUUGGGUGCAGCUUAAACUUGAAAACUCGAGUGAAAAUACAGCCAAACGUGCGUACGAGCUCACACUGCUUGAGGAUUUGGAGACCAUCAAGGUGCUAUUUGCCAAAACUCUCGAGAAGGAAAGAAAGCGUCGUGCGGAGGGUCGUGUCAAUGGAAUCAUUCACCGACGUGAUGAUGGAGACGAGGAGGACAACGACGAGGAGGCUAGUCACAGCGGCACGGAUGACGCUCUGGCGGCAGAACAAACUGAGGACUCCCAAGGCGAAGAUGACAGUGGCAAACGCUUACGUCGUGUGUCCACUCGCGGGAAUUAUGGUAUUUCGUGGAUCGAAAGGAAGGUGAAUUUACCCCAUCGCAAGGGCUAUGGUAUCGUGAAAAAAGCGGACCGCGAUACGUGCACGGUGGAAAUUCAAGCCACUAAAGUGAUCCAAGUGUUCAAAAAGAAAGACUUGCAACUUGCCAAUGCCAGCCUUCCCAAGACUGCCCGCCAGAACAGCCGCAAUCGCAAUAAUGCCAAAGCCCGGGAGAAACUGGGGCUACAUGACGACGCCGUCCUCAUGGGCACGACACCGUCACGAUACAUUGCGUUCCAGGACGUUGUGAAACGGUUCGCAUUGCGUCGGCGUGAAAAGCUGAAGAAACGUCCAAAUCUUAUUGAGUGGCAAGCACGGCUGAACCUGAAUUAUCUGGAGAACGGACACUGGGACAAAAGCAACCCCUCGGUGAUCGAUUUGGUCGUGGUUUCUCAGUGCGAAAUUUGUGGCGUGGAGAAGGAGGAAAUGAAUGGCCAUUGUUGGAAUAAUGAGUGUCCGAGAUGCCCCGUCUUUGAUGUGGAUAAGUUUGACCCGAAGGACGAAAAUGCUAUCAUGCGAGUGCCAGUUACACCAUUCGCUAAUGACACUAUCACUACGUCGCUGUGCUUUUCGAAGGAGGACUUGUCACGGAAACGAAAGCGUAGAAUACUGGAAACAGCUUUGGCUGAAGCUGCUGAAAGAAACGAAGUGGACACCGAACAGCUUAUUUCGCCUACGUUGGAGCCCAAGGAGGCUAUAAAAGAUGCCCCUAAGCCCAAGAAAACUCCAAUUGCAGUAACUGAUAAGGAUGAGAAGCCCACAAGGAAGAAACCCGGGAAAGUGUCUUGCGACCGUAGUGAGCCAAAAAGCAAAGCUGUCACAAAGAAAGCGAAAUCGAAGAGGAGUUCCAGGAAUGAGGUCCCAACUGCCGUAACUGAAGCUGCAGAAAAUGGCGAAACCUCGCCAACAGGCGCCUUCCGUCCUCGGUAUGACAGUGUGUUUACCCGGUAG